AUGACUGCCGGCGGUGGGUCGUCCUCCGGGCGAUUGCCCACCUGGAAGGAAAGAGAGAACAAUAAGAGACGGGAAAGGAGAAGGAGGGCGAUCGCCGCCAAGAUUUUUGCUGGGUUGCGAGCUCAGGGCAAUUACAAGCUCCCUAAACAUUGCGAUAAUAACGAAGUCUUGAAAGCCCUUUGUGCUGAAGCUGGUUGGGUCGUCGAAGAUGACGGCACUACUUAUCGCAAGGGAGGAAAGCCAACCAUAGUUGAGCUGGGGGGAGCAUCAGCAAAUAUUAGCACAUGCACUUCGAUCCAACCAAGCCCUAUGUCCUCUUCAUUUCCUAGUCCUGCACCUUCUUACCAUGCCAGUCCUGUAUCAUCCUCAUUCCCGAGCCCAACUCGUGGUGAUGGAAACUCCCCUGCUUAUAUUCUUCCUUUCCUCCAAAACUUAGCUUCAAUACCCAACUCACUUCCACCUCUGCGAAUAUCCAACAGUGCCCCUGUAACCCCUCCAAUUUCUUCCCCAACCAGAGGUUCUAAAAGAAAACCUGAUUGGGAGCCUCUUUCUCAUAUUAAAUUGCCACCCUCAUUUCCUCACUCUAUGUUUGCUGCUUCGGCACCGUCAAGUCCUACACGCCGCCGAUGUUUCACUCCGGCUACUAUUCCGGAAUGUGAUGAGUCUGAUAUAUCCACGGUCGAGUCUACUCACUGGGUCAGUUUUCAGACAGCUCCCACCUCACCUACAUUUAACCUUGUGAAACCCAUUAUGCAGCAGAAUCAUCAGAACUUUAUUGAUGGCCGUGGACCAUUUGCUUGGGGUGGAGUCGAGAAAAGGGGAUGUGGUUCUGAGUUUGCCUUUGAGAGUGGCACAGUGCGGGCAUGGGAAGGUGAGAGAGCUCAUGAAAUUGGCGUCGAUGAUCUAGAGCUCACCCUUGGGAGUGGAAAGGCUCAUGGUUAG